GCCGCAGCAUGUCUGGUUUCGACGACCCGGGAGUGUAUUACAGCGACAGCUUCGGGGGCGGAGAGGGGCCCGGGUACGACGAGGGCGGACAGAAGCGGAUCCAGAUCAAGAAGCGGUUCCGCGAAUUCCUCCGCCAGUUCAGAGUGGGGACCGACCGAACCGGCUUCACCUUCAAAUACAGAGAUGAGCUGAAGCGACACUACACCAUGGGCGAGUACUGGGUGGAGGUGGAGAUGGAGGACCUCUCCAGCUUUGAUGAAGACCUGUCCGACUGUCUGUACAAGCUGCCUACAGAGAACCUGCCGUUGCUGGAGGAAGCCGCCAAGGAGGUGGCGGACGAGGUGACGCGCCCCCGGCCGGCGGGCGAGGAGACGGUGCAGGACGUCCAGGUCAUGCUGAAGAGCGAGGCGCACCACGCCUCCAUCCGCAACCUCAAGUCGGAGCAGGUGUCCCGCCUGGUGAAGGUCCACGGCAUCGUCAUCUCGGCCACGGGGGUCAAGGCCAAGGCCACCCGGGUGUGCCUGCAGUGCCGCGGCUGCCGCGCCGUCAUCAACAACAUCCCCCUGCCCCCGGGCCUGCAGGGCUACGCCCUCCCCCGCAAGUGCAACAGCGAGGGCGCCGGCCGGGUGAAGUGUCCCAUGGACCCGUACUUCAUCAUCCCGGACCGCUGCGUGUGCGUGGACUUCCAGACGCUCCGCCUGCAGGAGUCCCCGGACGCCGUGCCGCACGGGGAGAUGCCGCGCCACCUGCAGCUCUACUGCGACAGGUACCUGUGCGACCGCGUGGUGCCCGGCAACAGGGUGACCAUCAUGGGCAUCUACUCCAUCAAAAAAGUGGCCGCCCCCAAGGCCAAGGGCAGGGAGAAGAGCGCCGGCGUGGGCAUCCGGGCGCCCUACCUGCGGGUGGUGGGGAUCCAGAUGGACACGGAGGGAGCAGGUCGGGGCGCCACCGGGUCGGUGUCCCCGCAGGAGGAGGAGGAGCUGAGGGCCCUGGCCGCCUCCCCCAACGUGUACGGCUCCCUGGCGCGGUCAUUGGCUCCCUCCAUCUACGGCAGCGAAGACCUGAAGAAGGCCAUCACCUGUUUGCUCUUCGGGGGUUCCAGGAAGAGGCUGCCCGACGGUCUGACCCGCAGGGGGGACAUCAACCUGCUGAUGCUCGGGGACCCCGGAACAGCCAAGUCUCAGCUGCUCAAGUUUGUGGAGAGGUGCUCGCCCAUCGGGGUUUACACCUCGGGAAAGGGCAGCAGCGCGGCCGGCCUGACCGCCUCGGUGCUCCGGGACCCCAGCACCCGCGGGUUCAUCAUGGAGGGGGGCGCCAUGGUCCUGGCCGACGGCGGGGUGGUGUGCAUCGACGAGUUCGAUAAGAUGAGAGAGGACGAUAGAGUGGCCAUCCACGAGGCCAUGGAGCAGCAGACCAUCUCCAUCGCUAAGGCCGGCAUCACCACCACCCUGAACUCCCGCUGCUCCGUCCUGGCCGCCGCCAACUCUGUCUUCGGCCGCUGGGACGACACCAAGGGGGAGGACAACAUCGACUUCAUGCCCACCAUCCUGUCCCGCUUCGACAUGAUCUUCAUCAUCAAAGACCACCACGACCACCAGAGAGACAUGACGCUGGCCCGUCACGUGAUGAACGUCCACCUGAGCGCCCGCACGCAGACGGAGGGCGUGGAGGGCGAGAUCCCGCUGGCCACGUUCAAGAAGUACAUCGCCUACGCCCGAACCAAAUGCGGCCCCCGGCUGUCGGCGGCGGCGGCCGAGAAGCUGAAGAACCGCUACGUGGUGAUGAGGAGUGGCGCCCGCGAGCAUGAGAGGGAGAUCGACAAGCGGGCCUCCAUCCCCAUCACCGUCCGGCAGCUGGAGGCCGUCGUGCGCAUGGCCGAGUCGCUGGCCAAGAUGAAGCUGCAGGCCGUGGCCGGCGAGGAGGAGGUGGACGAGGCCCUCCGGCUCUUCCAGGUGUCCACGCUGGACGCCGCCCUGUCUGGAAGCCUCUCAGGAGUGGAGGGCUUCACCUCUCAGGAGGACCAGGAGAUGAUCUCCCGCGUGGAGAAGCAGCUCAAGAGACGCUUUGCCAUCGGCUCCCAGGUGUCGGAGCACAGCAUCGUUCAGGACUUCACCAAGCAGAAGUACCCAGAGCACGCCAUCUACAAAGUCCUCCAGCUGAUGUUGAGGAGGGGGGAGCUCCAGCAUCGCAUGCAGAGAAAAGUCCUGUACAGAAUCAAGUAGAGCCAAUCCUGCUCUGUUGUUGUAGUCUAUUUCUUUAUUUUUUAUGUACAUAGUUCUGUUUGUUAUGAUCCCUCCUCACUAUUAAUUUGUCCAUUCUUGAUGAAGCUUAUAAUGUUUAAAAAAAAAAAAAAGA